AUGCCGCCUCCUAACAACGGCACGCCACUCUCUCCGACGGCACCUGACCCUCCGCGCCGAUCGAUUCCCACUCCUGUGGAGACCGAUAACGCCCACGAUGACAACGUGAAUUUCCUACGAUCGCGACCAGCUCUCUUCAAUCCGUUACUACCCUCCUUGAGCCGACAGCGUCGCCGUCGUUAUCCGACUAAUCCGCCACCGCAAAACGAGGAUCGCAUGGAGGUGGAUGAUCCCACCAACCCGCGCACGUCCGUUGAACUCAACCGUCGCAUCCCGAUUGUCCGCCGCCAGGAGAGAUCAACCGAUAUGCCGAAUUACGAGGGACGAAUGCCCAACUCACGAUCGUUGUAUGGAUGGGCGCCCGGGUCAGAUGAUGAGGAUGGUUUUGUGCGCGAAGAGUCAGAAGAUGAUCAGAUGCAGCCCUUCCUCCAUUCCAUCUCAAGUCGUGAUACACUCCCCGCGCGACCUCCGCGAACUGAGGUCCCGGGCCCCGCGCAACUGAUACCCCAUGAGUAUGAGACGUUACCAGGUAGCAACCGGGCUCGGACAUCGGUCUCCGCAGUGGCGGCGUUGUUACAAUCCGCAAGACGUCAGCCUCGGCUUGCUCGAAGUCGCACACUGGAGAACUACAUCAUUGAUCGCUAUUCAGAUACCACACCAGAGGAGGACGCCGAAAAUACGAUCGCAGUCGCAUCUCGGGGAUACCGCUAUCGUCCUUCGUCGCGCGGGGACUCACAUCAUACCAACCUUACCCACAAUGACCUACGCGCUCGUGCCACCGCUCAUCGCCAACUACACUCAGAUACCUAUCUGACCAAUCUACUGGGGGAAACCAUACACUAUCUCGAUCGCAUUCGGUAUUCAGACUCCCUUGAAGAGAGUAUGCUUGCCGUGGCGGACAGUCGGCUACCCAUAUCGAUGGAUAACAAGGCUUGGAGAGAUACAGAUUUCAUUCUAUACACCCCCAACAUUGCACCACCUGCAGCGUGCUCAUGGCUUCGAUCUGGAAUGGCCUUUUCGGGCUGUCAACGAGCUGCCAGCGCUGGGUGUUCAGUAUUGUCGCAACGCGUUACUAGUCCGCAUGCUCCCAGUGAGCCUGUCAUUGUAAAUGGAAGUGAUACCACCCGAGUCAGCGUUUCUACCACAAGUGGCCGCCGAUAUUUAGCUAAUAAUAGCCGCGACGAAAAUUGGCCUGUCAAAGUCACGAUACACCAGAUCAACCAGGACGACAUGACUUUAUCUGGCACCAUGGAGGCCUACAACAUCCCUGAUAAGACCUCGCCCACCCACGAUGCACACAUUGUGACUUUCUUGGAGGGUGAGAUCAUCGAUUUCAACAAUCACACGCUUGAGACGAAGAACUUCAAAGCAGAUGCAGACAUCGAUAGCACAUACUGGCGUGAACUGCAACCAUUUAAGGAUUUGUCAGAUGCCGAGAUGGCCCAGAACCUUGUGAGUCGGAAGUGGAUUACUGAGGAAUUAUCCAAGGGGUGGAUCUUGAUGAGAUGGAAGGAACGAUGCUUCAUCACCCCAACCGAUGCUCGUCAAGGUCUUACAAUUUCCGGAUUUUACUACAUUUCUCUUCGCCGCGAGGACGGACACAUCGAAGGCCUAUACUAUGACCCAGGAAGCUCGCCAUAUCAGCAACUCUCUCUAAAUCCAGAAGUAUCGAAAAUGGUCCGCCCUUCUUACGCCUUCCGCUGA